GGGCUUAAAUCUCUAUUGUAGACUGGGACUUACGAGAUCAACGAGUUGAUCGCGUAGCCUUGGAAUAAUCGAGCUUUCGAUACUACCGUAAUACACAUUUUUACAAUAUGCGCCGAGCACGUAUCAAAGCUUUGGCUGCUGUGCCAGUUCGGAAGAAGCCUCUACAGGAUUCUACAGAUUCUAUUGAUGCUAAUGAUGCGUCUGAUAAGGAAAAAAAGAACGAAAACAUAUCUAUUCAUGAAACUGAACAAGUGGCUAGCAAGGAGGCUGCAAAGGCAGAAGAACAGAAAAACAUUGGUAUACCGGAAGAAGAAAGACAAAACGAGGAAGAGACGCGUUUGAGAAACAGCCCUUCGAAAUUAAAAAAAACGCAGAAAGGACGUAUGCUCGACAGGAGCCAAUUGAAAAUGUACGAUUUGAUAUAUUAUAAUCCUGUGACAAAUACUAUAAAAAAAAAGCCAAUUAAACAAAGACAAGUGUCUACUACGCCACAACCAGUGGAAGUUCCAGAAGAGGAGGAAGAUGAUCCAUCGGCAAUGUCCACACCACAGGUGAAAGUGGGUCCCGACGGUCAGUUAAUAAUAGACGAACAAAGUCUUGUGAUAAAACACAAUGAAAAGAGAAGAAGAGAUAUUUAAGCGAGCGGGGUUACUAUUAUAGAGGACGAAAACACCCAUAGUGGUUUUUAUAAAAAAUAAAAGCGGAACAAGGAAUGGCUGAAAUGGGAAACAGUUAAAUUUUAUAAAGUACUAAACAUAGUAGGUACGGACUUUCUAUUGAUGCAGACAUUCUUCCCGAACAGAAGUAGACAAAAAAUUAAACAGAAGUACAAGAAGGAAGAGAGAGUUAAUCGACAGUUAGUCGAAAAGGCUCUGAAAUAUCACCAAGAAUUCGAUACCGAUUUGUUAGAAGAGCAACUAGCAAUGCUGCAAAAACUAGAAAAUAUUCCAGACACAUCUAAGAAUAAAGCAUCGGAAAAAAUUAAGAACGGACAAUGCUUGAGAAAAAUUGACAGAAAACGCAAGCAUCGUAAGUACAUUGUAAUUUUGAUUUCAUUAACGUGAUCAAUACUAAUAUAAUAAUAGAAUUUCUCGACGAAUGAACAUAUAAAAGAAUUAUAUUUUAUACUAAUUAUUACAUUUAUGGAAAAUUAAUAAAUAAUUAUAGGAUUAGUAGCGGAAAGUAUCGGGGAGUGUGAGGCACUCCAACGAUCGAGAAGCUGAAGAUACUGAGUGCGUUCCGGCCGCAAGACACUGCUACCAGAGAGAAACCUGAGAGCGGCCAUCCCAGGCUGGGAUUCCCAGCAUUCCCAGCCUCGAGGAGCACUUUUUCCAACGCUUGACGCGCCGCCUGAGAAAGUGGAUGUGAACUACAUCCAUUCCGCUCGGUAACGAGACAUGGUUCGUGCCCGUACUAUGGUUCAUGUCCGAACUAUUCAGAUGAGAUGGAUCAUUAUAGUCUGACAAAAGCCAAUAAUUUUAUUGUUCUGGGUUUCUCUCUGGUGGAUAAACCCAGAACAAUGAAAUUAUCGGCUUUUGUCAGACUAUUCUGCUA